AUGUACAAGAAUUGUAAUCUUUACUAUGUCACUUUUAUCAUUAGUGUCGCGGGAAGUACCAUGAUCCCAAAUGAAUAUACGCAACAAUAUCACUUACCAAACUGUGAGAAUGGUGGACUGCUGGUAGAAAGCUUCUUCAAUACCAUCUUUUCGGAGUUCCAGAAUAAUCCACCUGCCUGUGUUUGUGUACAAAUGUGUUCUAAUCAACCGACAUACUGCUAUCCGAACGGAUGUUUCAAAACGUCUGUAAAUAAUAGGAAAAGUGUUAAUCCAAUCUCGAAAAUAGAUUCAAAAGUUCAACCUAUCUUUUUGGUCGACCAGGACAAGGAUUUGUUCGAAUUGUUGGAAAGACGUAAUUCCAUAGAUAAUUCAGUGAAGACCGAGAGGCCACUAAAUGAAUUCACAUUGCGUCCAAACCCAUUUAGUGAGUUGGUCUUCAAGCAAAAGCGGCUUCCUAAAUUGAAAAUGAGGUAUAAUUUAAGAGAACAAGUUAAGAAUACUAAGCCGAGCAAAUUGAAGAGAGACAGUGUAAAUCUUUCAAAAACGAGAUGGCCAUUAAAUAAACAAGUCUUUCAUAGCAAACAGCCGCGAAACGAAAUAAAACAUUAUAAAAGAAACGAUGACACGACACAAGCAAACUUUUUUACGUCAAUGCUUCAAGAACAAGAUGAAACAAAUUAUACUCCCAAAUACUUCAAAAAGUAUUUGACUAAGCGAGAGAAUGGGAACGUUAAUGUAGAAGCAUUGUAUUUGUAUAAGACAGAUUCCGCUAAUUUUUCUUUAGAAAAUCUAAUUGACAAUAUGAUUGAGGGCAGUUUGGAUGGAAACACAAACAACGUUAAACUCAAUUUGAGUAUGCGCAUGAAUAAUUCAAAUGAUUUAUUGGCUGAAUUCACGAGUAAAACUUUACGAAAUGUUCAUGAAAGAGAUUUCAACGCUACCGAGUAUAACAAUGACUUUAGAGUUGUGUCCUUGAAUUCUGAUGAUAAAACAACUGACUACCAUUCAAAUGCAAAACUAACACAGAUGGAUGACAAAAAUAACGCUAGUGUAACCGACAUGAUAGAAAAAAUGACUAGCGAAAUAGAAAAACAAAAUAAUAUAAGUAUAAAAAUAGUCGAACAAAUUAUUGGAAGUAAACUCGAUUUACUUCCUACUCAUGAUGCCCAAAUUAGUAUUGAAAUAUUUGAGAAUAUUCUUCCGCACGUAGGUACCAAAAAUUUAAGUGAAGAAACUAACAAUGUUGAAAACAAUGUCUUAAAUAAAAGAGGUGUUCCGAUGGCGCAUAUCUAUGUUCCAUUAAAAGGAAAAAGUAAACAGCAAGAAAGAAGACAAAGAAAAAUAAAGCUUUACUAA